UGAGCCGCGGGCACACCCCCUCCGCGCCCAGCCUUCCUCCGCGGCUCCGUUCGGCGUGCGCGCAGCCCCAACCCCGGCCAUGCGCGGGGCCGACAGCACAGCGGCGGUGCGGGGGUGAUGCCAGAAGGAGCCCGGCAUGCCGUACUUGGACCGACAGAACCGUAUCUGUGGGUUCCUGGACAUUGAGGAAAAUGAGACCUGUGGCAAAUUCCUGCGGCGUUACUUCAUCCUGGACACGCAGGCCAACUGCCUGCUGUGGUACAUGGACAACCCGCAGAACCUGGCGAUGGGAGCAGGCGCCGUCGGCUCUUUGCAGCUCACCUACAUCUCCAAGGUCAGCAUCGCCACCCCGAAACAGAAACCCAAAACUCCGUUCUGCUUUGUGAUCAACGCUCUGUCCCAGCGCUAUUUCCUGCAAGCCAGCGACCAGAAGGACCUGCAGGACUGGGUGGAGGCUCUCAACCGUGCCAGCAAGAUCACGGUCCCAAAGGGUGGUGCUGCUGCACCCCCCACCACUGAGGUCACAAAGCCCCCUGCAGUGCUGCAGGCACAGGACAGGAAGCCCCCGGUGGCCUACAAGACUGAAAUCAUCGGUGGGGUGGUGGUGCACACCCCCAUCUCCAUCAGCCAGAAUGGUGGGGAUGGAGCAGAGGGCAGCGACCCGACUGCACACCCACUGCUGCGCCGCUCGCAGAGUUACAUCCCUGCCUCUGCCAGCAAGCCUCCCGCCGGGCCACCGGCCAUCAAGAGCGGCUUCUGCGUGAAGCAGGGCAAUGUGAGGAAGAGCUGGAAGCGCCGCUACUUUGUCCUCGAUGAGUUUUCCAUCAGUUACUACAAAUGUGAGCAGGACAAGGAGCCGCUGCGUUCCAUCCUGCUGAAGGACAUCUGCAAGACCCACGAGUGCCUGGUCAAAUCUGGUGACCUCCUGAUGCGGGACAACCUUUUUGAGAUCAUCACGAGCUCCAGGACCUUCUACAUCCAGGCAGACAGCCCUGAGGACAUGCACAGCUGGAUCCGCGCCAUCACAGGGGCAGUGCAGGCCCUGAAGACCCGCCCCAGGGAGAUCUCCUUCAUGCGCUCUUGCUCCAUGACCAAACCCGGGAGCAGCUCGGUGCCGUCGCAUCCACAGGAGAGGAGAACACCUUGCAAGGCCCCAGCCACCGCCUGGCAGCCCUGGACGCCGGUGCCACAGGACAGGAGGCAGCCCGAGGUGCCCAGCCGGGAUGCGGUGUUUGUGCCGGCGCUGACGGAGCGCGAUGGAGCUCCUGUGCUGGGUCAGCGCCUGCGGCAUCGCUCAGAACCGCAGCACCACAAGGAGAAGUCGUUCCUCUUCGACCUGGAUGAUGACAGCAUCCGGACCUCUGAUGUCUGACAUUGCCUCUGCCCCACGGCGUGCCCCCUGCAUGGCUGUGCGGCAUCAUUUCUCCCCCAGCACCAAAAUAUGGAAGACAGUGCGGGAGGCACGAGGGGGGUGAGGCGGCCUUUCCUCUCUUUGGAACAACGUUCAUCUCCCUUCUGUGCUGCUCAGUCUUCCCCAGCACAGCUGUGCCUGGAGCAGGAGCUGCGCUGCAGCCUGCAGUGUUGGAUGAUGUUUCUUGGAGAUGGGCUCCAUGCACUGCUCGACUGAUGGGAUACCAGCACACCCAGUGGCAUCUAACUGCCUCCUUUUGUACCUGUGGCCAUUGUUACAUCCCAGUGAGGUGUGCUGCUCCUGGGGGACAUCGGUGACCGGGGCUUUGGUAUCCUCAGGUUGUUCUGGGGUUUGUUAGGCACCAAAAAGACACAAAGCUGUGCACAAAGCAACAAAAGCUGAGCGUGUAGAUGAACCCCGGGAGACUCGUCCAACCGCCCUGCGCUGACUCAGAAUGAAAAUGAGAAGAACCUUUCUUAGCAGUGUGAGCCGGUCAUUUCCAUAAGCAAAUAUCCCCCUGUGGGAGGUGUGACACAUAGCACAUGGAAAAUGCAAGUUCUUCCCAUUGGAGUGAUUGUUUGAUGCCUGUAGCCCAACAGCACGUUGUAGGAUGCCAUGCGUGCUGCAAGCAGGGCUUGGUGCUGUGUGCACUCAGAGCUGCACGCAGUGCUGGAGCUGAGCUGCCCAAACCUGCAUUGCAGCUGAAGGAUCAGGGCUGCAGGUGUGGGGCUGCGCUGCAAGCCCAGCAGUGCUGGAGUGCUCUGCAGUUAGCAAGGUGUCCCUUUGCUUUGUAUAGUUAUUUUCUUUGCUUUUGGUUAUUACGCAUUCUCUGCUCUGCAAAAUCAGCCCCAGUGUGGCAGGGUGUUGUCAGAUGGCAUUACUUUGCUUUCCCAUUGUGUCUGUUGUGACCCGUGGAGAAGCAGCUGCAGAUACACUUUAUAUACAGUGAGGGAAGGUGAAUGGGAUCCCCCAGACCCAAGGGGGCAAGAGCAGCUUUGUGCAGGAGUGCUGGAGAACACUGAAAUGAUGAAAACGAGUGGGAAAACAAUGCAAAUGGUACUGGGAGAAUGUUAAUAUUUGUUAUUUAAUUGUAGAAACCUCAGUUAGGCUGUUCCUUUUUGCCUUUUUCCUUUGUUUUUGCCUUCGGCUGACCUCUGCUUGCUGGUUUGGUGCUCUGCUCCCUGGAGGUUUUGUGCUGUUGCUCACAUUCGCAGCACUGGGUGAUGUCGGCGCUCUGACCUCAUUUUGGGAACCCAUUAAAUGAUGGUUCCUUUGUGCAAGGCUUCAAACACAGCACCAAGCCGUGUUGCUUAGCAAUUGCAAAGUUUCCUCAGGCCUGGGAUGGUGGAGCAGAAGCUGGUUGCACAAUUAAGGUUAAUUAUCCAGGAAGGUAACUACCUGUGGCUGCAGCGCUGUCGCAACGCUCUCUCUUCUCCCAUUCCCACCCUCCUCAUCUCUGGGAUAGAAUGAAGCAUUGGUGGGAGAUGUGUGCAGGCUCCGGGGGUUUUGUAUGGGAUGUGAUGUGAGAGUUUGCUCUUUGAUAUGAAAAUGCCCAAAUGGUUCCCAGCCGUGCUCCAAGUGCUCUUAGGGCCGGGGGUCCCUCAGCCUGCAGAUGGGUUUUGGCUGCAGAUGGAACUCUCUUUUGCCUCUUUGUAAAUAAAGAAGGAAACCCCAGGUGCUUUUCUAGGCUCUCUGUUGGUGCUUGGUAAGAGGUGAAAGGAAGUGAAGGCAUUUGGGGGGCAGUUUGUUGGCACGCAACGGGUGCACGCACCUGAUGCCUUCUCCCGAUGAGCCGCUUGCUGCCUUUGCUUUCAGAGCGCUGCAGAGGGAGCCCUGCGGGCAACCCCUCCUUCCAUCCCCGAUCCCCCGCGCUUCGGAGGCGUGCAGGGUUUCAUUUUGGAGGUACAAAGAGCUCGGCGGGACGUGGGCUGCGUACAGACAGAUGCUAUCGGUGAAGCGCCAGACCAAGUGCCAGACGGCGCCCCGGGGCUGUGGGACCGCAGAGCGCUGCGCUCGGGGUCAGCGGGAUCCAGGGGGUGAGCGCUGCUCCUCAGCUCCCCGGUCGGGGCUGUGAGAGCCGAGCUGUAAUCAGCAGCCGCUGCCCCGUAGGCGUCUCUGCUUUUUGCAUGCGGCCGCGCACCGGGAAGGCAGCAGCCAGGAAGUCAAUUCACUCCUUUCAUUUACAGUGCCAGACGUCCUACAAGGAGAGAACUCCUCCACCCAGAUUUGCUUUGAAAUGUUUUCCAUUAGCCUCGCUCGCAACGGGAGUUAAAAGCAGGGAAGUUCACUUUAUGUGAGGAUAAAGUCAGACCCCACGCUCGUGUCAUCUGAUUUCUCAUGCAAUACAACUCUGUGGCAGCUAACGAAUGUAAAUUUCUGUAUCUGUUUGUUAUUAAGUGGAGAUAAUAACUGAGCUUUUUUUUUCCCAAGCACUCAGAAGCCCUUUUAAUUUCAGAGCAAUUAAAAAAAAUAAGAGUAACUAUCACAUAUUAUGACUGAAAUCCCAGAGAGAGAAUUUUAUGUGGGAAACUGCAGAGCAAAGAAGUUCAGAUCAGAAGGGCCGAAUCCCUGCAGCCAGGGAAGCUCCAAUGAAUUCUGCCUUGCUGAGGGCACAACGAAGGGUAUCAGCAAUGCCCCGGGUCCCCCUCACUGCAGUUAAUGACAGCCUCGCUGAUGGAAGGAAUGUGAGCUCCUGCUGUGAGCUGGCAGCUGCCGGGCUGAGAACACAGGGAGAUGUUAAUGAUGAUGGGCUUUUACACACAGGAUUAUUAUUUUUUUUUCUUUCUGGCUCACAAAUUAAUUUUUUUUUCCCACCAUGGGCUCCCCAGCCCUGUUGUUCCACUGGGCUGAAGAAUGUGGUAGGUUUAUAAUGAAGGCUCCCCCCCCCACCACCUCACCCCACAGCCCUGAGACCCGUUCAAAGCUGCCAAACUCAGAUUACUUGUGACCUAAAUGGGAUAUAAAUCCCAUUCCCCAGAGAGGAGGAGUUGUUGCAACAAACCACAAAGCAAAACUGGAACGGGCGCCAUUAAUUCCCUGCCAGGCUGAAACCUUUUGCAGUUCCACAGGACAGAAGUAACACCAGCAGAAGGCAGCUAAAUGCAAGCAGGUGGAGGGUGCUCAGUUUGCAGAACUCCAUGAGAAUGGAAAGUAUACAUCUGCUGCGUUUUAUGUCAAAUCUUAUUGGGCUUUUGCAUAUAUGGAUUUUUGUGUCUGGUUCUGGCUGUCUGUGUCUUGCUGUAGCUUCCCUUUCCCGUUUUUAUUCAACUUGGGAAGUUCUCAAACUGCAGCUGGCAGAACUUCCUCUUUUGUGUGUGUGUGCAGUCGCUUGAGGCCUCUGCUUGUUCCAGUACUGCAUGAACUCUGUGCCAUGCCUGAAGUCCUCAGGUUCUUUUAUUUCCCAAACCCAUUUCUCUCACAGUAUGUGGCCAGUUUUUCACAUCCCAAAUUUAUUCUGGCUUUUCCAGCCUGAAAGAGAGGAAAGUGACAUUCUUCAGAAGGGUCCAGUCUCUCUGCUAGAUCUUACUCAGCUUCAACGUGCAGCAAAUGCGUGUGGGCAUAAGCAAACAAUUAGAAUUUGAGCUUGUCACU